GGAUUAUAGAGCGGGACCUGGCCGCCGGAGGUGGACCUGGAGCUGGCCUGUCUCCUUUUCUCAAGUAACGGGGAGCCUGGACACAGGAGAGGAUACACAGCCCGGCCUGAUUCCGAUUUUAAUCCGACCGUGUAUUUUACCCGUGUUUUUUUUAAAAGGAGAAUAUCGUACAGUUUUUUUAAAAUUUUUUUUUUGACUGUGGCCCCUUUUUAAAAUCCCGGAGCUCGAGGAUGUACCGGGCUUCUCGCGACGCUGCCUCCAGGGAAAACGUGCUGCCCCCCGGCGUGAAAGCCGCCAGCUGGCAGGAUCAGGAGGCGAGAGGCCGGGAGCGGAAUGCGGGCAGAGUGGCCACCCCUACCCCUGUCGGGGGCAGGAAGGUGCUCGGAGUGUUGCACAGUAACCAGGCUUUACAGCCCCACCACAAGUCCGUUUCAACAUCAGGAUUUAACUGCAACAAUGAGAACUGUGGUCAUCUACCGGCAGGAAAAGCACCAGCAAAACCAUCAUUCACUAUCCAUGAAGAUGAACCUGAUGGUGCUCCAUGUCGAAGUACAAGUAAUAAUGCAGGAAAUGUUGCAAACCUGACACUAAAUUCAACUGUACUAUCACUUGGAAAUUGCAAACCUUUGGCUUCCAUUGAGUGUGCUGCAGAUGUUAGCUUUGAUUCCCCAAUGGUGUUGGAUAUGUCAGUAUCUUCAGUUGAAGAAAAACGAGUACAUGCUAAUGUAUUACCUGAAUACGCAGAUGACAUACACAAAUACCUAAGAGAAAUGGAGCUGAAAUGCAGGCCCAAAGCAGGGUAUAUGAAGAAACAGCCUGAUAUAACUAAUAGUAUGAGGGCUAUCCUUGUUGAUUGGCUUGUGGAAGUUGGUGAAGAAUACAAAUUGCAGAAUGAAACCCUAUAUCUUGCUGUAAACUACAUUGACAGAUUCUUGUCAUCCAUGUCUGUCCUCCGAGGGAAGCUCCAGCUUGUAGGAACUGCUGCCAUGCUGUUGGCAUCAAAAUUUGAAGAAAUAUACCCACCGGAGGUUGCCGAAUUUGUGUACAUUACUGAUGAUACCUACUCAAAGAAGCAGGUUCUACGGAUGGAACAUCUUAUCCUGAAAGUUUUGGCAUUUGACUUGGCAGCACCAACAAUAAACCAAUUCCUUAAUCAGUAUAUUGGACGUGAAAAAGCCAGCAGUAAAGUUGAGAGCUUGUCUAUGUACCUAGCAGAGCUCAGUUUGAUUGAUUGUGAACCAUUCCUAAAAUACCUGCCUUCAGUUCUUGCCGCAUCUGCCUUUUGUUUGGCCAACUAUACAAUAUCACGAACUAGCUGGCCUAGAUCAUUAGCUCAAUUGACAGGAUACGUCUUAGAAAGCUUAAUGCCUUGUGUGACAGACCUUCACCAAAACUACCUCAAAGCACCCGAGCAUGCGCAGCAAGCAGUACGGGAGAAAUAUAAGAGCUCUAAGUAUCAUGGGGUGUCAAACAUUGACCCACCACUUUCCUUGGACCUGCUGCUUUUAAAACAGUGAUGCUGUCAGCCUUGUUUAGUGUGUGUAUAUAUUGCAUACAUUUGUAGAAUCUGAAGAGUAUUUUUGUACAGCUCAGUAUUUUAAACGUAAUGUGGACUUUGACCAACCUGCCACUGCAAUCUCCAGCACUGGAUAGCUGCAAUCUACACCAGUAGUAAUUUGCAAACUUUUGUGGGAUAAUACAACAGGUGAAAUAUGUUUUAUACUUGUACAUUUCUGAAUUAUGAACUCGUGCAAUCCCAUUGUAUACAACUUUUAUAUUUUAGAGUUAAAUUAACCAAGCCCAAACGAACUAAUAGGAUAUGUUUUGUUAAUUCACUUGGUAAAACUAUGUGCGUACAAUUUUUUUAUCGCAAGUAGAGUAUUAGGUAUCUUUUAAAGAAUGCCGAUGUAUUAUUUUAUAAUGAUCCUGACUGGCUUCUUUCAACCAAUGUCAGUUGAACAAAAAUGUCAAUUAAACAUGCCAAGUGGGUAAAGUAUGGCCAGUCUUGCCCGGUGUACUAAUUUAGUAAGAUCUAAUGGUGCUUCCACGAUUUGAGGGGGAAAAUCUUUCGAAUGUGGAUUAUAAUGACUGCAAUAUAGGCCUGUUGGGGUAUGCUCAAUAUUAUGUCCAAACACAAUCCUCCAAUUUAGCUAAACAAGCAUUUGGCAUACACUUGUUGAGGAUUAAUUACUUUUGCUUAUGAUGUCCAAUUCCAUUGAUGCCAUUUCCCUACUGCUUGUCAGUUGAGGUUAAAAUUCUUGAACUAUCAUAAGGAGAUUUAAUUCGACCCUGUUUUUGAUUAAAAUAUGCCUUUACCAGAAAUCUGUCCUCUUUUGAAUAAGCAAACAUGCGUUAACAUCAACUUUUGAGCUUUCUUCUUCUUCACUCUCUUUCAAAACUUUGGCCUUUUGGAUUGAGAUAUGUGAUGGGAAGAGGAGUUGCUAUUACAGUUGGACAAUCAAUACAUGAACACUGAUUUGUGUUUUUAGGUGUAUACUCAACCUUUUUGGUUGCACUAAACUUCUUUCUUUGUGCCUGAAAACCAUGGCAUAACUAGGCAGGGAAAAAUCAAGCCCUUGUUACCAUGCCUAUUUGAAUGGCUUCCAAUGUAAAUUAUGGAAUAUGUAACAAAUUCACAAAUAAACAUGCAUUCAGUUCA